AUGGCAAAAGUCUCCAGUGGAAAGUCUUUUUCAACCAGACAGUGGCUGCCCACCAGCACACACAAUAAUGAGCUCGCUGUCAUUGAAAAUGGCGACAGCAGGGCUUGCUCUCUUUGUGAAGACAACUCUGAGACAGCGCAGUCUUCAGAAUCCCAUAGAGACUCGUUUACAGGUGCUGGGGCAAUGGCCAGGCUGUCUAACUUCUUCUUCAUGCUGCGGAACUGGGCAUCUCACAGAAUAAACCCUGAGGCAGAGAGGCAUGACUCUUUCCUUGAGCGCUUCAGAGGCCCUGAGCUCAAGGACGUGUCAAGUCAAGAUUGCAAUGCCCAAUCUGUGAGUCAUGACGACACACACCAUAAGAGAAAGAAAGAAAUCUGGAUUAUGGAUCCAGCUACAGAACAGUACUACAGAUGGCUCACCAUCAUAGCAGCCCCAGUGUUUUAUAACCUGAUAGUGAUUGUGACAAGAGCCUGUUUUAAUGAACUCCAGGACUCUUAUACAAAACUCUGGAUAUUUUUGGACUACACCUCAGAUAUCCUCUACUACACAGACACAUUUGUCAGAUCUAGAACAGGUUACCUGGAACAAGGUCUGCUGGUAAAAGAUGCCACAAGACUGAGAAAUAAAUACAGAAAAACACCUCAGUUCAAAUAUGAUAUCAUUUCAAUGGUACCCACUGACCUGCUGUUUCUGAAAUAUGGGUUCAACAACCCAGAGUUUAGGUUCAACCGCCUUUGCAAAAUGCCUAGACUUUUUGAGUUCUUUGACCGGACUGAAACCAGAACUAACUUCCCGAACAUGUUUCGAAUCAGCAAUCUUGUACUGUAUAUCCUCAUUAUUAUCCACUGGAAUGCUUGUAUGUUCUUUGCUAUUUCAAAAACCAUUGGUUUUGGAGCUGACACUUGGGUGUAUCCCAAUAUCAGCCACCCAGAGUAUGGCCGCUUAGCCAGAAAGUACAUCUACUCUCUGUACUGGUCCACACUGACCCUCACCACCAUUGGAGAGACUCCUGCACCAGUCAGAGAUGUUGAAUUCCUCUUUGUCAUUGCUGACUUCCUCACCGGUGUGCUGAUCUUUGCUAGCAUUGUUGGUAACGUUGGUGCCAUGAUUUCCAACAUGAAUGCCUCCCGUGCUGAGUUCCAGGCAACGAUUGACUCCAUAAAGCAGUACAUGCAGUUUCGAAAUGUCAGCAAAGACCUGGAGGCCAGGGUCAUCAAGUGGUUUGACUACCUAUGGACUGAGAAGAAGACCUGUGAUGAGAAGGAAGUGCUCAAGAACCUUCCAGACAAGCUCAGGGCUGAGAUUGCCAUCAACGUCCAUUUGGAUACAUUGAAAAAGGUGCGUAUUUUCCAGGACUGUGAAGCCGGUCUCCUGAUUGAAUUGGUGCUCAAACUGCAGCCACAGGUGUUUAGUCCUGGAGAUUACAUCUGUAAGAAAGGGGAUAUUGGCAGGGAGAUGUACAUCAUCAAGGAAGGGAAGCUGGCAGUGGUGGCCGAUGAUGGAGUCACUCAGUUUGUAGUGCUCAGUGAUGGCGCAUACUUCGGGGAAAUUAGCAUCUUAGGAAUCAAGGGCAGUAAGGCAGGCAAUAGAAGAACCGCCAACAUCAGGAGUGUAGGUUACUCUGAUCUCUUUGCCCUGUCCAAAGAUGACUUGAUGGAAGCACUCACUGAGUAUCCAGAUGCCAAGAAGGCUCUGGAGGAGAAGGGUAAAGCCAUCCUGAUGAAAGACAAUCUGAUUGAUGAGGCAGUGGCCAAUGCUGGUGCUGAUCCCAAAGACCUAGAGGAAAAGAUUGUAAAACUGCAGAGCAACCUGGACGCAAUCCAGACCAAGUUUGCCCAGCUAAUGGCAGAAUUCAUCUCCAGCCAGGCAAAGAUGAAACAGAGAGUGACUAAAAUGGAAGCCAAAGUGAAAUCCUUACAACCAGAGGACCUGUCUGAAGUGAUGGCUGACAAAGACCAAAAAGUCCAGUAAUGUCAGAGAUACCCAGAGGACUUUAUGGGAAGGAAUUUUUCAUUUAGAGUAAUAGAGUGACAGUUUUUAACCCUAUAAAACCAUUUGUAACAUAUUUGCUAUGUGAGUUUCUGAGCAACAAAAAAUUGCC